CGAGAAUCGUUUUAGAUUCAGAUUUUCAUGUUUGCGGAAUGACAUGUUUCCCUGUCAAAGAACGUAAACAAUGGGGAAGCGGCAUGAGCAUGACUCUGGCACUGGCCAUCAUCAUUCGUCCUCAUCGAAACGCCAUAAGAAACACAAGAAGCAUAAGAAGAAAAAACUCGACUAUGACUCCGACGUGCAAGUCGAUGUUGUCAGCGACGUCCCAAUCACCCCGAUCCGAGGUGAAGUCCAACCAGCGGAUUCCUUUCCCACCGCCGAGAAACUUAAGGCCCAGUCGUCCGGCUCAAAAAACACCCCACCAUCUGCGAAGUCCCAAAAGCGCAAAAAAGGCAAAGGUAAGGAGAGCGAAACGUCCAGCGACGAGGAAAGAUGGCUCGACGCAAUCGAGUCUGGAAAAUUGGAGGAAGUUGACGAUGAGCUGAAGAAAAUCAAGGAUCCAAAACUGAUGACUGCUCGGCAACGAGCUAUGUACGAGCGAGGUACUGACAAGGAGCCAAGUCCUGGCGGGGAGCUGCUCAUGUCGCUGCCAACUGGCUACAAGGAGAAAGUUCUGACCGCGGAAGCCAUCCAAAAGGCUCAAAUCAAAUCGCAGAAGAGGAAACAACUGGCUGACGAGAAGCGGGAGAAGGACAAGAAGAAGACUAUGGAGCGGCUGUUGAAGAAGCAGGAAUCAAAGGCCGCGAAGCAGACGAAGAAUAAAAUGGUGAAAGCAGCGCAGCCGGUGAUUUCUUAUCGGGACACGGUGGAUGGUGCGACGGUGUCCUUACCGCCCGGGGUGGAUUUCCCGAUUGCUCCCCAGAUUGCUUAUGAUCCGCCCAAGCCGAUUUUGUGUUCGAUCCCGGGAUGCUUCAAUAUCAAGCGGUACAACUGCUCCAAGACCAAUGUCCCGCUUUGCAGUUUCAAGUGCUACCGACAGAAUGUUGCUGCGCUCAAGAAUAUUAUUUGCUAGAAGUAAGGAUAAGGUGAGAAUGUUUGUGUGUAGAAUGUUGAAUAAAAUCUUGCUAUUUAAGUA